AUGUUGCCCAAACCAGUCUUUGCCAACACUGCCCUAGUGAUCCCAGAAAAGGAGCUACAACAUUGGAUUGAAUCCUCCCUUGACCAAGAUGAAUCCCUGGAAGAAAUCCUACAGUUCCUGCAGAACAAGUCAAAGGCCCCUCCUUCCAUCAAACGUGCAUUCAAGGAUUACAAAAUGGAAGCCGGUUUACUAUUCUAUCAAGGACGGAUUGUAGUUCCAGACGUUGGCACACUGAGAACAGACUUGCUUUGCAUCUUCCACAAUAGCCCCCUAGCAGGCCACCCAGGAAGACAACGUACUCUAGAACUGGUGUCAAGGGAUUAUUACUGGCCCGGGAUCCAUGCCAAUACAUACUGGCACGUGGACUCCUGCAAAACUUGUCAACAAAUAAGGAAACCAAAGUACAUGUCACUACCGCCCCAGCCUCUUGAACUCCCCACUAGACCUUGGCAACAUGUGUCCUAUGACAUGAUAGUAGACCUGCCCAAGGACAGAAAUAACAACUCAAUCCUGGUAAUUGUGGACAGCUUCACAAAGUACGGAAUAUUUGUAAAAUGCUCCAAAAAACUCAAAGCACCCAAGUUAGCAGAAUUAUUCCUGGAAAACGUAAGGAAACAUCAUGGCAUGCUGGAGAAGACUAUAUCCAACAGGGGAAGAGUCUUCAAUAACAAGUUCUUAUGGGCCCUGUAUAAGCGUCUUGGCAUUGACCCCCACUUCUCCUCCGCUUAUCACCCUCAAAGCAACGGACAAACGGAACAAGUCAAUCCCUCUAUCAAGCACUUCCUCAGGGCUUACUCAGGGAUCAACCAAAGGGACUGGACCAAAUGGCUCCCAAUGGCAGAGUUUGCGUACAACAAUGCCAUACAUAGUAGCACAGGUAAAACACCCUUCAAAGCCUUGUAUGGGUGGGAACCCAGAUUGACCCCAUCCAAUGUACCAACAGACGUCCCAGAAGCAGAUGAUCUUGCCCAAACAAUGGAAGCACAAUGGAAAGAGGUAGAAUCCGCCCUCCGGCAAGCUAAGCAACAAAUGGUAGCCGGGGAAGACAGAAGCCCAACGGAGUUUGAGAUUGGAGAAGAAGCAUGGCUUGACGCCAAAAAUGUUAACCUCAAGACCCUGAGCCCCAAGCUAACCAAACAACGCUUAGGGCCAUUCAAGGUCAUUGAGAAAAUCUCUGAUUGCGCAUACAGGCUCAAACUCCCACCAACCAUGCGCAUUCAUAAUUUACUAUCAAAAGUCAAAAGGGACAAAAAGCGUACCUUCAAAAACUGUCCCCCACCUGUCACUGUGGAUGGAGAAGAAGAAUACAAAGUGGAAGGAAUUACCAAUGCCAAGGAAAGGGACGGGAAGUGGUUCUUCCAAGUCAAAUGGAAGGGUUAUGGAUCUGAAGAAAACACAUGGGAACCACAGGAAAAUCUAAAAAACGCCAAAAAAAUUUUAGAAAAGUACAAAAAAGAAAUGAAAAAGAAGGCCCUUGGCACUGCCAAGGCCCUUAGAGGGGGGGCAGUGUUGUAG